AUCAGAUUUAAAUAUUGAAAAUUUACAGUAUGUCUCUUUGAGGGGACCUUUUUAAUAGCUCCCACCCCUAAAUUAGAGGCAUUGACAGACUUUUUUGCCCAAAUAACAAACCGUCAAAACACUCAAACCACGCAACCGUACAACACUGUUAUUCAAGAACAUCCAUUGUUUCCCCUUUUGUUUUAUGCUCUUUUUGCCCUUUUGGGCAUUUUAGUCGGAUCUGUGGCCUUCUUUCUGUUUUCUGAUUUCUCACCUUUUUCAUGUUUUCCUCUUUAGAGGGCACCUGAAGAUAAUAUUUCAAGUACGGGAAAAGUUAUAGGGAUACUUGGGUAGUGCAAUCUUUUUGGUAAAGGCAUUGGACUUUGAAGUAUGGGAAGGGAAAAUGAAUUGGGCUAAAAUGCGAGAUUCAGUUGGUUAUUAUGGAAAAGAUCCGUUAUGAUUCAAUCAGAGGUUGUGUCAAAGAGAAGUUUGAAGUUUCAAUGAGAUGUCUUCUCUUAAGGGCUCAUUGCAUUUGCUCAAGGAUGAUGGGGUCCAGAAUCAUAGUCCUGAUGUUUUAGAUGGGCAUAAAUCCGAGAAACAUUUUGGCCCAAAGAAUUUAAAAGGAGAUGGGAAUUUUAUUCAUCUUCAAGACCGAGAGGCUAUGGAACUGUAUUCACGAGUCAGAAAACAGGAAGAGGAGAUCCAGUUUCUUCGUGAACAAAUUGUUGUUGCCUCUGUGAAGGAAUUACGGCUGCUUAAUGAGAAGUAUGCAUUAGAAAGGAAAUUUUCGGACUUACGUUUGGCAAUAGAUGAGAAGCAGAAUGAAGCUGUAUCUUCAGCCUUAAAUGAAUUGGUGCGUAGAAAAGGUGAUCUUGAAGAAAAUCUAAAAUUGACCCAUGAAUUGAAGGCUGCUGAAGAUGAAAGAUAUGUCUUCAUGUCAUCGAUGCUUGGGUUGUUGGCUGAAUAUCGCAUUUGGCCUCGUGUCAUAAAUGCAUCUUCUAUAUCAAGCAGUUUGAAGUACCUACAUGAUCAGUUGCAGUGGAAGAUAAGAACUUCACAUGACAAAAUUAGAGAAAUAACAACAGUGGUGGAAACUCAUCCUGAAAGUGGAUCUCAUAGCCAAGGUGGCAGAGCUUCUGGUGCAUUGAAUGGUCAAGUUUCUCAUAGACCCACGUUUGUUGAUGAAGAACAUCCGGAUCCAACUGACAAUUCCUCGGCUUAUAUGUCUGAUCCUCCAGAUACGAGGGAGGUGGCGAGCGGUUUCCCUUAUGGUUCGGUUGAUAAAGGUGUUGCCAAUGCGGGGAUAGGAGAAAUGGCAGGUGGCAACUUGUUUUCCUCUCCCCUUCCCAAAACAAAUGAAGAAAUUUAUUCUGCUUUUGAAGAGGGCCCUGGCAUAGAUAAUUUCCAGAUUAUUGGUGAUGCCAUACCAGGAGGCAAACUUCUUGGAUGUGGAUAUCCAGUUCGAGGAACUUCUCUUUGCAUGUUUCAGUGGGUUCGUCACCUUCAGGAUGGGACUAGGCAGUACAUUGAAGGAGCUACAAAUCCAGAAUACAUUGUCACAGCUGAUGACGUUGAUAAAAUAAUUGCUGUUGAGUGCAUUCCAAUGGAUGAUCAAGGCCGUCAGGGAGAUAUUGUCAGGCUUUUUGCUAAUGAUCAGAACAAAAUAAAAUGUGACCCAGAGAUGCAAAUGGAGAUUGAUACGCAUAUUUCCAGAGGAAACGCCACAUUCAGCGUUCUGUUGUUGAUGGAUUCUCCUGAAAAUUGGGAGCGGACAACCCUAAUUUUGAGACGGUCCAGCUACCAAAUUAAGAUAAACGGUACAGAAGCCAACGUGAUCGCGGAGAAAUUCUCAAAGGAUUUAUCGAUCAAAGUGCCCUGUGGACUUUCAACACAGUUUGUUUUGAUGUCCAGCGACGGAUCCUCUCAUCCAUUCAGCACAGACAGUGUUCGAAUGCGCGACACUCUUGUGUUGACCAUGAGAAUGUUCCAAGCCAAGCAGGCACUUGAUGAUAAGAGGAAAGGAAGAGCAUAGCCCCUACAUUUCAUUUUUAUAGCUGAUAUUCAUUCGUAGUUUACAGUGAGCAGUCAUAAAGUAAGGAAUAAUUUGUCUCCUAGUUUUGGUCAUAAUGAGAAUUGUUGUUGUAUAAUUUUUUAUUUUACAACUUUAAGCAUCAGAAGACCGCAAUUGACCAAAAAAAAAAAGCGUUUUGUAUAGGUUAUUAGCGACCACAUACUUUCUCGAGUCACCCACCUUAAUGAACUUUCCAUAUUUUACUAGCAAUAUCCCUUGGUUUGGUACAAUUGAUUGGGGCAUAAAUUUUCAUCCUAUGUAAUAAAAACAAAAGUUAGAAUGAAACUUGUUCAAUUCUAUGAUUUCAUACAAGAAUCCUGAUGUGUAAUUUCUAAAUU